AUGUCAUCAUCGGAGGACCUGAGGGGGUCCACCCUCUCCCUCUCCAGUACGCGAUCCACACCGCCCAUGUCUCCGUCCAUCCGACGCCGCCACAACCCAUCACUGCUUGACGCGGCGAUUGGCGGCUUCCGGUGUGAGGACGGCGGCGAUACAGACCUUUCCGCCGACAGAUCAGCGUUUAUGCGAAACGUGCUGUUGGAAAACCCCGAGGUUGAGACGCGGUGGUACUUUCGCUACUUCCUUGGGCAGGCGCACAGCAACUACGCUGCCACGCUUGAGUCUGACAAGGCCAGGGAGCAAGUCAUCCUGUCUGUCCUCUCCCCACACGAGGAGGACGACUACACACGUGCAAUCCUCUGGAGAAAAACGGGCUCCGAGUACCUGUCCAUCCGCGUGUCUGCGAUGACAAAGGCCGGGAAAGGGUUGGACCUGAAGCGUGUCAUAUUGGCCUUUGGUCGCGGUCAGCCGGGCAAGAACAUCAUCUACCUCGAUGACCCUGAGGUGCAGAAGAAGUUGUUGACGUUGGAGGAGCAGGAGGGCGCGGUCAAUUUCAAGAUUGGCAUUCUGUAUGCAAAGCCUGGCCAGACCACAGAUGAUGAAAUGUUCAGCAACGAAACGGGCUCGGAUGAGUUUAUCAAGUUCUAUGAGGCAAUGGGCAACAAGGUUGAGCUGCAGAACUGGACUGGAUUCCGAGGAGGACUCGAUGUCAAGACCGGGUCUACCGGACAAGAGAGCAUACACACGGUCGAGUUUGGCAAAGAGGUCAUGUUUCACGUCUCAACGCUUCUUCCAUACUCAAAGGAAAACCCACAGCAGCUUGAGCGAAAGCGCCAUCUUGGCAAUGACAUCUGUAACAUUGUCUUCCAAGAGGACGCGUCCACACCGUUCAAGCCGGAACUGAUCAAGUCCAAGUUCAAUCACAUCUUCGCUGUCGUCUCGCUGCUGCCAGACCACAGAUACAGUCUCAAGGUGUACACGAAGGCGAAUGUGCCGGAAUACGGCCCCGCACUGCCAAAUCCAGCCGUGUUUUCAGACAUGAAGGAGCUCAGGAAGUUUCUGCUGGUCAAACUGAUGAACGGAGAGAAGGCGGCACUGGCGUCACCAACGGCGUCGUUCGCCACCAAGAAGGAGCGCACCCUUGAAGCUCUUAUCUCAGAUAUCAUCGAUCCACAAGCAACAUCGACGUCACUGCGAACGCCGUCGCGCACGAGCAAGAAAUCGUCCCGCUUCUCCAAGCACGUCUCCAGCUCAACCCACCUCGAUGAACUCAGGCUCGCCGGCCAGGCCAUCAAAGUAGACAAAAUCAGGGCUGGCGUCGCUCCCACCAGCACGCUCUCACUCUCCGACGACACAUCCGCUGGCGAGCCGUGGGAGGCCGUGUUCAUCACGCGCUCGUUCACAGAGCCGGUCAUGUGCGGUGAUCAGUGGAACAGCAAUCUUGUCGUCGGCACACUCACGGGCGUGAAGCUCAUCUCAGUUGAGAAACACACUGCGGGGAAGUUGGAUGUGAAGCCGCUGAUUGACGCGUCACUGUCCCCACGGCAGCUCGUUGUGGAUGAGAAGGCAAACAUGAUGUUUAUCCGGACAUCCAAGGAGGCUGGUGUGGACUUGAAAGGGACACAGAAGCGCGGCAAGGGCGGGUCGCUUUACAUCGUCCCGCUGGACCUGUUUUACACGGACAAGUUGCCCCUGGACAAGAAGGCGCUGAAGAAACAUCAGCUGACGGCCGUGAAAGGACUGCACAUUUUCGCUGUCAACCAGGGAACAUCCACAACAGCAUCGCUCCUCAAGCAGACGUGCAAGCUUGCUGUUGGCAUCGGCAAGAAGUUGCGAACGUACUGCUACGCGACCGUGGGCAUUGGCAUCGGCGGGCAGUGGAAGCCGCUGGAGGAGUACACAUGUCCGGACUACAUUGACUGUCUCACCAUUGGCCGUGGCUCGCCAGGAUCAGUGGGGCAGAUUUGCGUUGGCCUCAAAUCUGGAGACUUUCAACUCAUCGACCUGCAAACAUCAGAGGUGAAGGUGCUGCUGAGCGGCACAUCGGUUCCCGGUGGAAUCAGCGCGUAUGUGUGCAGGGAAAUUGUGGAGGGCGAAAACGACGACAUUAUGGAGUUUAUGAUCGGCUACAACGCGGUGACGGAGUUCAUCUCUGCCGCUGGCGAGAAGACGCGGCCGUUCACCAUCAGCUGGCGCAGCCGACCAACGGAGCUCGCGUACGUGUACCCCUAUUUGCUCGCGUUCACGUCGUCGGCCAUUCAAGUUUCCACGCUCAUCAACGGCAACCUCGUCAAGACGCUGCCGAUGCACCACCCGCGCAUGCUGACGUGCAAACAGGACAUUUUCUUCACGGCGCUGACAGACCCUAGCGACGUCGAGACCACAUCCAUUGUCCGCAUCUCACGGAACAACUUGUCUGGUCGCCCGGGAACACCCGACGCAUCGGAGCGGCUGCCGAAGCACAAGCAGUUGCAUGAUGACGGUCAUAGCAAUCGUGAUGGUGAUGACAAUGAUUGA